CAGGAGGGCUUGUGAAGGGGAGUGAGCAAGACAAAUACUGACAGGCUGAGACACAGAAUGAGAAAGGGAGAGCUUCCAGCACCUUAAAGGCAGCAGCAGCAGCUUCAUUAGUAUCAGGAGGAGAGUCGGUCACAUGCAGCCACACCGGGACUCAUGUAGAUAAACCGCUUUUACCCAUCGCUUAUGGAGCAGCAGCACAGGGAGUCUACAGUGGAGGACAACAAGGCUGGAGCCAGAGCUUUAAGGAGAGGAUGAGAAGCAUCACUGCAACCUGACUCACACCGGGAGUCAGCCUCAGCACCUGCAGCGGCAGACUGAGCACUCCGGCUAUCAAGGAGACUGGGGCAGACGGGGAGAGAGCUGCUGAGAUUAUGCGCGGGGCAGAGAGCUCCUGUGGAUUCCCCAUCUUUGGCAACAGCAGCAGCAGCAGAGGGGGCAGGAGCUGUGGCUCUACAGACAGCAGCCGAGCUAGCUGGAGCUGCAGAAAAACAGGAAGCUCUAAAGCAAUUCAUUUAUCCAGAGAUGAAGGUAGCACUUACAGCCAAGGUGUAACAGGAACCAGCUGUCGAUGUAGCCACAGUGUUGAAUGUACCUGUAGCCAGAGCAGUGACGGUAGCUGCAAGGUGACCACAGCAGUGCAGUCAGGUGUAAUUGUAGUAGUAGCAGGGGGGCAGUGGCUCAGGACCCUGAAUGACCAGUGUGGCUGAUGAAGGCCACCUGGAUCCGCUUGCUGAAACGAGCCAAAGGAGGUCGUGUCAAGAGCUCCGAUGCCUGUGGUUCGGCCGACUCCUACACCAGCCGUCCAUCAGACUCCGAUGUGUCCCUGGAGGAAGAUAAGGAGGCAGUCCGCAGAGAGGCAGAGCGACAGGCUCAGGCGCAGCUUGACAAGGCCAAGAUCAAACCAGUUGCAUUUGCCGUCCGCACAAAUGUCAGCUACAGCCCGAGUCACGACGAUGAUGUCCCUGUGCCAGGCAUGGCCGUCUCCUUUGAGGCUAAAGACUUCCUCCAUGUCAAAGAGAAGUACAACAAUGACUGGUGGAUAGGACGCCUGGUGAAAGAAGGCUGUGAAAUCGGUUUCAUCCCCAGUCCAGUGAAGCUUGAAAACACUCGUAUCCUCCAGGAGCAGAGAGCCAAGCAGGGCAAGUUCCACUCCAGUAAAUUGGGAGCAAACUCAUCAUCUAGUUUAGGUGAAGUUGUUCCUAACUCACGGAAAUCUACUCCUCCUUCAUCUGCCAUUGACAUAGACGCCACAGGCUUAGACCCCGAGGACAAUGAGCUUCCAGUCAACCUGCGCUCCCCUAAAGCCAGUCCAAACACUGUCAUGUCACCCCUAGCAAAAGAGAAACGAAUGCCCUUCUUUAAGAAGACGGAGCACAUUCCUCCGUACGACGUUGUGCCUUCCAUGCGGCCUGUGGUUCUGGUUGGACCGUCACUGAAGGGCUACGAGGUGACAGACAUGAUGCAAAAAGCGCUGUUUGACUUUUUGAAACACAGAUUUGAGGGAAGAAUAUCAAUCACUCGAGUCACGGCGGACAUCUCUCUUGCCAAACGCUCGGUCCUGAACAAUCCCAGCAAGCACGCCAUCAUCGAACGCUCCAACACACGCUCAAAUUUGGCUGAAGUCCAGAGUGAAAUCGAGCGAAUUUUCGAAUUGGCGCGGACGUUACAGCUGGUGGUUCUGGACGCCGAUACCAUCAACCACCCGUCACAGCUGGGAAAGACUUCCCUCGCCCCCAUCAUUGUCUACGUCAAGAUCACCUCACCCAAGGUGUUACAGCGGCUCAUCAAGUCCAGAGGCAAGUCGCAGGCCAAACACCUCAAUGUCCAGAUGGUGGCCGCCGACAAGCUGGCUCAGUGCCCUCCUGAAAUGUUUGACAUCAUUCUUGAUGAGAACCAGCUGGAGGACGCAUGUGAGCAUAUGGCCGAUUACCUGGAGGCCUACUGGAAAAGCACUCACCCCACCAGCUGCAGCCCCCCUGACCCAGUGCUAGCAAAGCUACCCACAGCCAGCCUGCCCUCCAGCACGGCCCCGGUCUCUGGCGUGCAGGGAAACAGUACAGAGCAGAAGGGAGAUAAAGUGGAGGGGAAAGGCUCCAGAGAGGAUUACCAGCACCACCAUCACCGUCACCACCAUCAUCACCACCACCAGAGCCUGGACCAGGGCGAUGCUGACGCAGAGGGGGAGGAGGAGGGCAACGAGGAGGAGAGGCCUCUUAGGACAGAGUCAUCCAGGAGAUCCCAACACGUCCACCACCGGUCAUCUUCUACCAGGACUGAACACCACAACCACCAUCACCACCACCACCAUCACAGCAGUAAAGCCAAGGGCCUCUCCCGGCAAGAGACUUUGGACUCUGAGACCCCCGAGAGCAGGGAGAGCCGAGAAAGUCGAGAGAGCAAGGACUCGGCUUGUACUGAGCCGCGCACUCAGCGUCUUCAGCAGGAAGAGGAGGACGAUGAGGAUCAAGGGGAGGGGCAUCCCCAGCAGCAACAGCAUUACGAGCCACUGCCCCACCGGGACCACAACCACCAUCACCACCACCACCAUCACCGCAGCGGGGCGGACGAGGCCGGUCACAGCACGGGACACCAGCGCUCCAAAGAGCGCGAACAGGACCACAAUGAGCGGAACAAGCAGCGCUCUCACCACCACCACCGGCCAGCACGCGACCACCACCAUCACUACUACGACCGGGACAGAGAGAGGGACAGAGAAGGGGAGGUAGCUCCAAAAAAGAGGGGUGAGGCAGGGGAAUGGGCCAGAGACUCAUACAUCCACCAGUGACAGACCAGAACCCCUCCCAAGGCCCUCCUGGACUCUGUUCUGUCCUCCCAUCGUGCUGCUAUACCCUGAAAAACCACAGCAUCCUAUUUAUGUACACUUCUUUGUAAAUGCUGUUGCAUCUUUUUCAAUGGCAGGAUUUUGAUUACAUAGAUACAAAUAUAAAUAUAUGAAUAUAUGUAUGUGUGUAUCUAUGCAUAGACGUUGUUUAUGUGUGGAUAUGCAUGAAUAUUCUCAAAUAUGCAUAUUUUAAACCUGUGUUUGAUAAAGCAUGACACAAAAGCA